AUAAGGUGUGAAUUUGUAAAUGUGACUAGAUGGAAGGUUGCAAUAUGUGGGGAGUAUAUGAAGUCAGGGUUCAAGACUUGUUCUCACGGAUCAGCUUGCAAUUUUAUCCCUGUUUUCGUAAUCCUGGAGGAGAUUAUGCAUGGGCUGACUCUGACAAACCCCCCCCAAAGUAUUGGGUGAAAAAGAUGGCAGCUUUAUUUGGUUAUUCUGAUGAACAUGAGAAAUUGAUGGAGCAAGAUGCUUUGAGUGCACUGAAGAACUCAAGCAAGAAACAAAAAGCAGAUUCAGAUAGGUACCGUUCAAGAAGAUCAAGGGAGAUUGGUGAGUUCAAUAACAGUGGUUCAGGUAGAAGAAGAAAACAUAGGAACGAACGAAAUCAGAGCAGAACUCCCAAUGAGGAAAUAUAUGAACAAAAUAUCAACUUGAAACUACCAUAACGGGAAAGGUGGAACUUCUGAUUCUGACUCUGAUAGAGAAUGGUCAGAUAAGGAAAAACGCCAUAAACACCAUAAACGCCAUAGAAGAAGCUCAGUUAAUAAACAAGGAUGAGGAGAGGAGCCAUGAAGGGUAUCAUGAUGUGAUGCACGGGGGACAGUAAAAACCAGCAUCAACACCAUAGAAAACGCUCA